AAGUGGAACCGCGCUGGGCUGAGCUGAGCUUACGUUAGCCACUGUAUAGGCCACAAAGCCUAGCGUUGAGCGUUGUUAGUACGGUUUGCAGAGCACUGCACGUCAGCUUUGCUGAACUCCAUAUAAGAUCGUGCGCGCAGCCACGGCAAAGUUUAGUUUGGCGUGCGCGUUUCGUGAAGACAAGUGUUUCUGGGUUAUUCGGUUGGGACUCAGUCAAGUGCUAACGUGCCACAUGUUGUUGACAGUGUAGCCGUGCAAUUGGCGUUUGUUUCUACUUUGUUUGCUAAUGUGAAAUUAUUUGACGCUGGCAACACUAACACAAGCAAACACAAUUUUAAUUUAAAAAAUCCGAUUUCGUGUGGCAAAUUGCUAAAGUGUAAUUUGUCAAAAAUAUUACCGCAUGGCUUGUUACCAUUGUUGUUGCAAAUAGCACGCGCGCGCGUGUGUGUGUGUGUGUUUCUUGUAGCAUUCCAAAUCGCAAUCAAAGCUCACUUUGCAAACAGCGACGAAUAAGGUCUUUGUACGCCUCUAUCGUUCGCCGUCGCCGGUGCACUCGAGUGUGAAAACAUUUGCAACAGUUGCUGCUCGAAGUCUCAAAGUUGUUAUUGUUGUUGUUGUUGUAGUUGCUAUAUUGUUUUGUGUUUUGUGUUUAAAUGCAAUUCUUUUGAUAUCAACUUCGUUGCACUUGAACGAAUGCUAUAAAAGCAAGGAGGCACCUGGCCACAUACAACAAAGAAGAAUAAGGAAAACAGGCAACAACAAAAAUAAAAAAAAACACAAAAGCAAAUAUAUAAAAAACUGCAAAUUACAAGUGUCACGCCAACAAAAGCAGAAAUAUGUCGCAACUACAUAAAACAACAACUGCGCUGGUGAAACGCGCCUCUUUUUCGGCUGCUGCCACGGCAAUGCCAAACGCUGUAACCUUGCCCGAGGCGCUAACGCAUGAGCCACCAAGAAUAAAUAUACCAAAAGCACCAACCGUAGCAGCAACCAAAGCAAUGGAGAGCGCUCCGGUGUCGCAUGCACGCCCUUAUACAGCCGUACCGGGUCCCUGGGGUAUGCCAGUGCUGGGCAAUUCAUGGCGCUUUGCGCCGUUAGUUGGCCAAUAUCGCAUACAGGAUUUGGAUAAGGUCAUGAAGGAGUUGCACAUCAACUACGGAAAAAUAGUUAAGGUUGGCGGGUUAAUAGGACAUCCGGAUUUGUUGUUUAUCUUUGAUGGCGAUGAAAUUCGAAAUAUUUUCAAGAAGGAGGAAACCAUGCCACACAGACCCUCAAUGCCAUCGCUCAAACAUUAUAAGGGAAAAUUGCGACGCGAUUUCUUCGGCGACAUCGCCGGUCUCAUUGGUGUACAUGGCAAAAACUGGGCGCUGUUCCGUCAAGAGGUACAACAAAUACUACUACAACCGCAAACGGCUAAACAGUAUGUGCCGCCAUUAAAUGAAAUUGCCAGUGAAUUUAUGCAAAGAGUACAUGAAAUGCGCAAUGAAAACCAUGAGCUGCCAGCGAAUUUUCUGCACGAAUUACACAAAUGGGCGUUGGAAUCUGUGGGACGCGUGGCAUUGGACACACGCCUUGGCUGCUUGUCGCCAGAUGGCAGUGAGGAGUCGCAACAAAUCAUAAACGCCAUAAACACUUUCUUCUGGGCCGUGCCGGAAUUGGAGCUGCGCAUGCCACUGUGGCGUUUCUAUCCGACCAAAGCGUAUCGCAGUUUCGUCAAGGCGUUGGAUCAGUUUACCGAAAUUUGCAUGCGAAACAUAAGUCGCACAAUGGAUCGCGAAGAUGCUGCGCUGGCGUUGCAGAAUUCUGCCGGCGCUGAUUCCAUUGUGGGACGCAUUGUGCGCAAAACGGGCAACCGCAAAUUGGCAGCUGUGUUGGCGUUGGAUUUAUUCUUGGUUGGUGUGGAUACGACCUCCGUUGCCGUUUCGUCGACCAUUUAUCAAUUAGCGAAAAAUCCCGAUAAGCAGCAGAAGCUUUACGAAGAAUUGCGAAGUAUAUUCCCAACGCGUGAAGCAGAAAUCGAUCAAAGCGCAUUGGAGCAAAUACCUUAUUUGAGAGCCUGCAUAAAAGAGACUUUGAGAAUGUAUCCAGUUGUCAUUGCGAAUGGCAGAAGCUUGCAAACAGACGCCGUAAUUGCUGGCUAUCACAUACCUAAAGGUACACAUGUCAUAUUCCCGCAUCUGGUGGUGUCCAAUGAUCCCGCGUAUUUUCCAGAACCGAAACGUUUCCUGCCCGAACGUUGGCUGAAGCGAGGCGAAACGAGUGCCGAAUGCCCACAUGCCGGACGUAAAAUUCAUCCCUUUGUCAGUUUACCGUUUGGCUAUGGCCGACGCAUGUGUGUGGGACGUCGGUUUGCCGAAAUUGAAUUGAAUACGCUGUUGGCGAAGAUAUUUCGAAAAUACAAAGUGGAAUACAAUUCCGGCGAAUUAGUGUACAAAGUGAAUUCAACCUACAUUCCAGAGUCGCCACUUAAUUUCAAAUUGACGCUAAGGGCUGAGUAACGCACGAGCUGCUUUGUUGGAGCGGCGGUGCCAGUGCGCAGGGGAUCAGGCAGGCAGGCAGUCAGCAGGUUCAACAGCGUUGGUGUAGAAUUUGCCAAAAUCACUAGCCAGCGGCGUUGCAGUGAAGGGUAAUGUGAGCGUGGGAGCGUAUGAGUUUGCAUUUUCAAUAUUUGCACUGUUAGUUCGUUGUUGUUGUUGCUGUUGUGGUUUUUAUUAUUAUUAUCGUUCAAUAUUAUACUUUAGUCUCGCCAAUAUGGUUGUAAUACGUGCUGCUCUUACAAUAUUUGCUCAGCACAAAUGCAAAUUAUGCCAAUGCUUUGUAUAAAUUAUGGAGCUUAUGGUCAUAUCAUAUUUAGUUAUAGUUAUAUAUACACAUGUAGUAUAUUAUGUUAAACAUUUGUGUGUUUAAUUUUUUUACAUAUCUAUAUUUAACGAAAAUCUCAUUUAAAAAUUAUAAUUAUGUGACAAUUUAAAUAAAGCUCACAAGAUACAUAAAUUAAAAAGCUUUCAAAAAGUUUGUCAACA